GCACAUACAGUGAAUGGUGGGGCCUGACAUCUGAUGCGAGUUUAGUGUGCGCAAAAUAACGCUAUUUCAUCCAGUUUCAGUCUUUUAGGUCUACAUUAUUGUAAUAAACCAUGGCAGACGACGAAUUAGAGGCUAUUAGGCGGCAAAGGAUGGCGGAGCUACAGGCAAAGCACGGGGAUUCCUCAAAUAAUCAGCAAGGAGAAGAGGCCAAACAAAGAGAAACAGAUAUGAGAAACUCCAUAUUGGCUCAAGUUCUAGACCAAUCUGCCCGUGCCAGAUUGAGCAAUCUUGCUUUGGUUAAGCCGGAGAAAGCCAAUGCAGUUGAGAACUAUCUCAUUCAAAUGGCUCGUUUUGGAAAGUUAGGAGGAAAGAUUUCAGAGUCAGGCUUGAUUGAGAUCCUAGAAAAAGUUAGUCAGCAAACAGAGAAAAAGACAACUGUCAAAUUCAACAGACGGAGGGUGAUGGACUCAGAUGAUGAGGACGAUUACUAACUUUGAACUGGAGCCCUGGAAUGAGCCAAGAAAUCGGGAGGGGAUAUGCUUGACUGGGACUCUUAAUAGCAUCCUUGACCAGCGUGUUACUGUUAGUUGAAACCUGGGAUGCCACACUACCCUCUGUGUGUCUCUGGAAACUACAUGCCAAGAGAGAGGAACAAGGACAUGGAGUUGAUAUGAUGGCAUAAGGGAUGGGAGGGGGUAGAAUACACGCAGUGUUUAAUUAGAUGAUCAUUUGCAACCUUUUUUCAAGCAAGUUGCUACAAAGUUGCACUGCUUGUGUUUUACCCCUGACAGCCCGUGGCACUGUUUGACUCCUCUGGUCCUUUUCAGUAGUUACUCUUUUUUUUUUCUUUUUUUUUCACAUUGGUUGACUUCUGUUCUUCAAACACAAGAAACUAGACAAAAUGCAAAACCUAAGUGCUGCUGAUGCAUUUUUAUCUAGACUGCUCUGUGAAUAUUAUACAUUGUUCUUCAUUCAGGGCCAGCAUCCCACCAACCUUGGAUGUUGCACUUUGAUAUUUUCUUUUUGCUGACAUGUAUCUUACAUUUUACAUAAAAAUAAAUUUAAAAAAAAGGCUAGUGUAUAAAAAUUCUUGUGUACCAUUUUUACAGUUCAGUUAUAAGAAUUAGUGUUUAACCCUCUUGAAAAGUUUCCCAUUUUGGAUCUUCACAGAAAUGAUGUUCCAAGCCACAGAUGUAUCACGGUUGUAACAGUGGUCAAAGUAAAAACAGAAAAACUUUGCAGCAUCUUAAACAUAUGAUUCUCACCACCUUACAAAAAGAUGACUGUAUCUGUAUGUUGUUUUUUUUUUUUGGUUGUUUUUUUUUUUUAACAAUAUCUACAAUUUCAAGUUCUGGAUUUCAUUUCAGAAACAAGAACUAACGCAUUGCCAAAUGUGUCCAGCUUCUUUUCAAAUAAAAGGCAUAAAGGAGAAA